UAUUUAUUUAUUUCCGGUUUCGCUUUGUAUUUUUGAACGUUUUGUGCAGUGCACGUUUCCAGUUCAAAUAUCCACAAGAUGAUUUAUAUGCACAUUCUUUAAUGCUGAUGACACCGCAAGUGAUUCUAUUAUGAAAUAUUGUGAAACGUCACCCAUUUCAAGAGAAGACCAACAUUUCUGAAAGCAAGUCAAGAUACUGCUAAUUUACAUUUAUCAUGGCAUCCUGGGAAGGCGACUUCUAUGCAAUGCAAUUUGCUAUUGUGGAAGACAAAGAAAAAUAUGCCGUGAUCAAGAUAGAGAAAAAAGAACUAGGGGACUUGAGGAGUUUGGACUUCAAUGUCUCUUUUGAUGAUUCAACAAGAGAGCUGCGGGUUCGGACAAGGAAGGAUGGUGAAUUGCACGGUUUUAAUUACGAAGUCAAAGGAUUAAUCAACAAAUGUAAUCUGUCUGGAGGACUCAAGAAAGAGAAGAGCAAAGCAUCCCUGAGAAUUGAGAAAGAAGAAAAAUUUAGUUUCUGAGCAUUCCAUAUCAUCAUUCCAGUGGAAAUACUGCUUUCAAUGUCAACAAGGAGCUAAAGCUGUCACUGCCUUCAUUUUGAGAUUAUUUCAUUUGAUCAGCUUCCCUGGUUUGAUUAAAGUAAAAUGAAAUUGAAUUCAUGUAUCUAUGAACAGAUUGUUAUGUAAUACAUUAACUGUCAUCACAAAAUCUUAAAAUGUUACACAUGAGACAUGAUCACAAGACAAUAAUGCCAGGAGUACUUUGUAUUAUUUUUUUGUAUUAGAUUAAUUGAGCUGAUGUCAUGUCAAAUCGUCUUUAGCAGUUACUUCUCGUCCUGAAUGUCUUAAUACAUUUUGAUCAAAUGUGGUGUGGAACAUCAUUUGACCCUGGAAAACCAUGUUAUAUAUAUGACAGAUGUGGCUCCUCUGGGUCCACAGGAUGGACCCAAUUGGGAAGCCAAGUAAUGUCCUUACUUAAACCCUGAACAACUAAAGUAUUUUUGAUUAAAUUUGACCUGAAGCAUCACUUGGUAAAAGAAAUCAGAUAUUGUAUAAAUGGAGGAUGUGGUUCCUUUGGGACGAGAAGGGUUGGGCCCUGCAAUAGGCAAAUAAUGGUAAUUUGUAACUCCUUUAUAUCACUACUUAUUCUGAAUGACAGAAUGGAUUUUGAUCAUUUUGCAAUGGAGAUUAGCUGUUGUACAGUAUGUAUGGAGGGUGGAACUCCCCUUGAACUUGAGGAGGGGUCCAAUUGGAGCAAUAAUAAUCAAAUUUUUAAAAUUACUUCUAGUCCUGAAGAUAGAAUAGAUUAAUUUUGAUGAAAUAUUUUGCAGCAUUAUCAGGUAAGGAAAUGAAGGUUUUAUAUCACAUGAUGUGAUUUCCCUAGGGCCUAAAGGAUUCAGGCCCAAUUGCAAAA